AUGCAUCAGUGUUACCUUAUAAUAACACCUACUUUCACAAAAUUGUUGUUACGGUUUUUCCGUCAUGUAGUUGAAUGUCUUACUGGAGACAAUACCACUGCAGGGUGUUUUUCUGUCUUUGGAGCAUAUCUGAUACAUCUCACCUACGGAUAUCUGUAUUCACUAAGAAUAUCUUUUGCCUUAUUUGGACUCUGUAUGCCAGUUGGAGGUGUUUUAUCGUGUAGGAUUGGAUAUCGACCAGUUGUAGCUGUUAGCUGCUUUUUGCUGAGUGGUGGUGUUCUACUAACUUAUUUUACAAUUCAGAAAGUGUAUGUUGGAGUCCUUAUGACCUAUUCUUUUCUGUUUGGAACUGGUGUCGGACUAGGAUUCUCCGUCACUUUGGCUGUUGCUGCGACGUGGUUCCCUGAACAAAGAGGAUUGGUUGUUGGGCUAGUAGUCAGUGGUUACGGAAUGGGAUCCUUAGUAUUCGGUCCUAUUCAAACGGCUCUUAUAAAUCCGCAUAACGUGCGUGUAAACAAUGUAACAAGACAAUUUGACAACAAGGAAAUGCUUGAUCGAUUGCCAGAUGCGUUUCUUAUUCUGGGAGGUAUCCUUCUAGCUACGCAGAUAAUUGGUUUUAUAUUUCUUCGUCGAAAGCCCAAGAUGGAAGCUGUGGAAGAAAUAAAAGAAACCGCAAGUGAGAAAAGUUCUACAAAGUAUGAAACCGAAGAUGAUCUUUUUUCCUCACCCUGUGGAUUGAUGACCACAAGAUACAUCAACGGCUAA